AUGAAGGUGGCAGUCGCCCAAAAGGCGCCGCUGGAACAGCGCCAUGCCGUUUGCGCCACACUCAGCACUGCGGUGUGCCUCUUCUCUGGCUUCUUCAAUAUCCUGCAGCUCACUGGCAUCGACGAUUUCGAGAUCCCAGGCUACACCGGAGGCUUUGUGCUUCAGCUCGCUCGCCCUGUGGAGUGGGUCCUGACGUGCCCCAUCUUGCAGCUGAAGCUGGUUGUGCUUGCGGGAGCACGGGUACCUUCCUACAGACGUUUCAUGAUGCCAUUGCUGUCAGCAGCUGUUCUUUUGUGCGGCGUUGCAGCAACCUUCACGGAAGGAGGAUUGCGAUUCAUAUGGUUUGGCUUCGGCAUGAUCUUCGUCUUCGUCAUGUUUUACCACAAUGCCUUGCAAAUCAAGGAGAACAGCGAGGGGGAGGAAAGCUUGCUACAUGGCGAGUCUGACUACCGCAGGCUGACCCUGGUCCUCAUUGCGACGUGGUUCCCAUUCCCGAUCUGGUUCAUGCUGAGCCCAGAAGGCUUCAACCUGGUGGACGAGGAGUUGACCAUCGAAUUGGGUUGGGUGGUGCUAAACAUGUUGGCAAAGUUCUCGCUCAUCAUCCUCGGGCAGCGCAUGUACCUCGGCCUUGAUGCAGCUUCAUGUGUGGGAGAGUUGGUGCCGGAAGACGCUUUGAACAAGAUCCCUGGGACGCAAUAUGGUGGGCAGACAAAUGGAACUGCCACUGGUAUCAUGCAACGGAAAGCCAUCAUCGAAGCAGGGGGCAACGCGCGAGGGCGGCUGAGUCCCGAGGACACUCGAGGCAGCAUCGAGGCGGCACUCGAGCGAGUUUUCUAUGAUUUCUUCGUCUUACUUCACAAGUUGGAGAGUGAGGAAAAGAUGGUGGAGCUCGUAGCGGAUACGAUGGUCACACUUCAGCUGCCGAACCAUACCGACCGUUUGAUCAAGCUUCUGGUUGAGAGCGGGGUCACCAACACGGCUGUCCUUGAAAGGCUGAAUCAAGACCGUUGUAUGGAGCUAUGCCUCCCCUGGGCGCUUGUGGAUGCGGUCCAGCGUCGAUGGAAAACGGAAAAGAUGAACAUGGGACAGGACCAGGGUGGACUGGUGGAGAAGGAGGAUCCCUUCAUGAAAGUACUGGAGGCGAACAAGGAGCGAAUCUCUUCAAUGAAUUCAAAGAGCCAGGUCGCUGGCGUCAUGACCCCUCCCGUAGGUGGAGUCGUGGACCUUUCUUCUUUGGAUGAUCAGAUCGCGCAUGCCGUUGUGCGGGCAGUGAUGCCCUUGCAUGAGACUGUGAUGCUCCUGGGCUGGAUGGUUUUUGCCAGAAAGUUAGUGGAGGACAAUGUCAGCCACUCGUUGGAGUCCACACAGGAGAGCGUAGCUCAACGCAUGGACUUCGGACAGGUGACUCUGAUGCAGACUGUCAACGCGUGCCAGGUGCUGCUGCACAAGCUGGACUCCGCGCAAGAGGUGGUGCUGCAAAAGCUGGAUUCAAACAAGAAAGAUCUCGAGCUCAUGCGCACUUCAUACGAGUCUCUGCAGGGCAGCAUUGUUGGUGCCCAGGACAAUACCAAAGCGGCUCUUGUAGAGACGGUCAGCACCUCCUCCAGCGCCUUGCUUCAGAAGCUGGACGCGACACAGCAGGACUUGCUGCGGCAGUCUACUGAGUCCCAGUCCAUCUUACAGAAUGUGGCAUCUACGCAGAGGACGAUGGUCACCAAGAUGGAGACUGGCAACGACACCACAGUUCGACGGUUGAUGGAGAUCGAGACCUCUCUGGAGAAGAAGAUGUCUGAACUGGGAGAGACGGCACCCUUGUCUUAUUAA